AUGGAAGGAUUAGAUAAGGCCAGGUUUGCUAGAUUGGCAGUGAAGCUUGAUCUUACAAAGCCUCUAGUCUCAAAAUUAAGGCUCGAUGGGAUUACCCAGUAUGUAGAAUAUGAAGGACUACCUACCAUCUGCUACCAAUGCGGCAGAUAUGGACACUUAGAAGCCACAUGCCCGCUUAAGCUGCAGGCCUCCAAUCCUGAAACUUCAGUUCAUGCUGAACAGGAGAUCAGUCCGAAGAAUUCUGCUGUGAAUGUUCAGACCUCGCCGAUAGCAGUAGAAGGCCAAGCACGUGCCGUUCAGGCGCGUGAGAGUAACAUGUUUGGUGCUUGGAUGAAGGCGCCAACCCGCAACUGGCGAAGCCGGAAUCCGUGCCGAUCUACAGAUAACAACUCCAUGCCUGGUGACAGUGGUAGAAAUAGGUUCAAUAUUUUAGCUACCCCCGAGAUGUCAGAGGAACAGGAAGAAGGAAAUAAUCGUACAGAAAGCCCUGAUGUAAGGAUGUCAGUCUCAUCUGCUGGUCAAGUAAACAGGAACACAAGGAAGGAUCCCCCACGAAGGCAACGAUUUCUAGAGGACCGAAGCAAGCAAAAGGACUGA